UGAAAUUACGUGAAUAAAAAGAUGUGGUCUGACACAAUUCUGAUCGUUUUCAUAUCCAUAUGCACUGCAUUUUUAGGCGAAGGCUUAACAUGGGUUUUAGUUUAUCGGACGGAAAAAUAUCAAAAACUUAAAACCGAAGUCGAAAAGCAGAGCAAGAAACUUGAACGUCGAAAGGAGAUACAUGGAGACUCACUAGAUAAAUCAGUGAAGAAAAAAAUCGAGCGCGAUGAGGAAAAACUCAAAAAUAACAACCGUGACUUGUCCCUCGUUAAGAUGAAAUCCAUGUUUGCUACCGGUUUUGCAUUUACGGCGCUUCUAAGUAUGUUUAAUAGCAUAUUUGAUGGGCGCGUCGUAGCACAGCUACCCUUUACUCCUAUCUCAUGGAUACAGGGGUUAAGCCACCGAAACCUUGCUGGCGAUGAUUUCACUGACUGUUCAUUUAUUUUCCUAUACAUUCUUUGCACUAUGUCGAUACGCCAAAAUAUACAGAAGUUAUUAGGAUUUGCACCUUCUCGUGCCGCUAGCAAGCAAGGUGGUGGACUCUUUGGACCAACGCCGGGACAAUUCAAGUAGAAAAUAUAUCCAACCUUAGUCAAAAUUACAUUGAUUUUUCAAAUGUCCUAAACAUUUAUAAUUUAAAUUAAUAAGUAAAGGAAUACUAAACAUUUGUUAUUUUAAAA